GGGGCGGGCCGGGUGCUGCGCUGCCCGGCAGCCGGGUUAGUCCCGCGGGUAAACAACACCGCUGUGGAGUUACCCGGUUAUCCGCAAAAGUCAGGUUUGGGCUCUGGGUUUCGUUGUUGUCGUCUUCAGGGGAGAUUGUCGUCCGGAAAACCCGCCUUGACCCCAGGAAAAACAAAAUGAAGGAACAAGUGUCAAACAGUACAGCCAGUAUAUUUCAAGCCAGGAAAACUGUGGAGCAAUUAAAAAUGGAAGCAUACAUGGAUAGGAUGAAGGUAUCCAAGGCUGCAGCAGAUUUAUUGGCAUAUUGUGACGCUCAUAUUGCAGAAGAUCCCCUUAUUAUUCCAGUGCCUGCAUCUGAAAAUCCCUUUAGGGAGAAGAAACUCUUUUGUACUAUCCUUUGAAUCAGUUUGCAAUUAAAAAUGUCUUCUGCUAAAUUUGGUGUCAGUGUUGCAUGCUUUUUAGUUUUUGCAUUGUUUAUUUCUGCAAAUGUCAAUACUUAGCCUAUAACUACAAAUUUU